AUGGUUAGCGCCGUUUAUCACAGCUACGCGGGCUUCUCGAACGUCACCACUUUUGCUGAUGCGUUCGAGAACUUCUCGAGAGUUACCGACUUGAACUAUGUGGAAAAGCUCUGGGCUUCCUACUACUACUGGAUCAACAACGAUCUUUUCGCUACUGGUCUCUUCUUCUUCUUGAUGCACGAGAUUAUGUACUUUGGUCGUUGUUUGCCAUGGGCCAUUAUUGACCGUAUUCCAUACUUCAACAAGUACAAGAUCCAGGAGACCAAGGUUCCAAGCAACAAGGAGCAGUGGGAGUGCCUCAAGUCUGUUUUGAUUUCCCACUUCAUGGUGGAGGCCUUCCCUAUCUGGUUUUUCCAUCCUUUGUGUGAGAAGAUUGGCAUUUCUUUCUCUGUGCCUUUCCCUCCAUGGUGGAAGGUGGCCAUGCACUUGUCCCUCUUCUUCGUCCUUGAGGACGCUUGGCACUACUGGUUCCACAGAGGCUUGCACCACGGUGUCUUCUACAAGUACAUUCACAAGCAGCACCAUCGUUACGCUGCUCCAUUCGGCUUGGCUGCCGAAUACGCUCAUCCAGUCGAGGUCGCUCUUCUAGGCUUGGGUACUGUUGGCAUUCCUAUUGUCUGGUGCUACUUCACCAGAGACUUGCAUUUGUUCACCAUUUCUAUCUGGAUCUGCUUGAGGUUGUUCCAGGCUGUUGACGCCCACUCUGGUUACGAGUUCCCAUGGUCUUUGCACCACUUCCUCCCAUUCUGGGCCGGUGCUGACCACCACGACGAACACCACCACUUCUUCAUUGGCUCUUACGCUUCCAGUUUCAGAUGGUGGGACUUCGUCUUGGACACCGAGGCUGGUCCAAAGGGCAAGAUGAACAGAGAGAAGAGAAUGAAGAAGAACGCGGAGAAGAAGAUCCAGUAA